UACAACGCAUUUCACUUCGUUUGUAAUUUUUUUUGGUUGCGUUGUCGAAAGAGAGUGCUGCCUUCCAAUCAAAAGGGUGAUCAUUCAGUUAACUUGGCAAAUUUUUUUUUUUUUCGAAUUUCGGUGCAAUUUAGCCGUCGGCUUCAUCUCCUUCCACGAAGAAUAUCGUUUUCAUGUUUAUGAAAACGCGCCGGCGCAAUCAGACCAGCGUUAAAAUGGCUUCAGCAAAAAAUAUCCGAAAUGGUUUAUUUUCUAUUUCAUGGACAGCAUAUAACAACGGCCAGCAGCAAAUUACUGAAGUAAAAAAUCUGAAUAAAGUUAUUCAAUUUUGCAAACUCAGUUAUGUAAGGAAUGGAGUUAAUGCAGUCCUUGAAAUGGAAAUCCAAUUUUCCGAUACAACUAAGCCAAUCAAAAUGGAAAACCUGCUUGUUGAGGCCUCGAAAAAUGGUGUCAAACAGAAAAUGGCAAUAAAUCAAUCGAAAUGGACAGCUUCAUGGAAAGAUCAAACCUGCCAAUACUGUCACUCACACAGUUAUUGCUCACAAUGUAGAGUCAACCCUCUUGCUACAACUGCUUUAGAGAUUCUUAUUGAUUUGACUCCUGGUUCUCUUAAAAAUGGAUCACAGCAUAUUCUCGAUCACUUGCUGAAUCUGUGGAAAACUAAAACACUAGCUGAUGUCGAAUUCCAAUGCGAUGGAAAAUCAAUCAAAGCUCACACAUUGAUCCUGGCUUCUGGUAGCCCUAUUCUGGCUGCCAUGUUUGAAAACGACUUUAAAGAAAAGCAAGAAAGAGUUGCCAACAUCACGGACAUCAAAGCCAAUAUUUUUGAAAAUCUUUUGAAGUACAUCUACACUGGAGAAACAGCGUUGGAAACUGAAGUCGAAGAUGUAUCCGAGUUGCUGGUUGCUGCCGACAAAUACGCCGUAGAAACAUUGAAAGAAGAGUGUGCACUGUAUUUGUCAAAUGAUUUAAAAGUGGAAAACGCCGCACGUUAUCUAGUAAUUGCUCACCUUCAUAAUUCGACCGUGCUUCACGAGUCUACGCUGCAGUUCAUGUCGCAGAACGCUAAAGCCGUUUGUGCCCGUAAGGAUUGGAUGGAUAUCAUCAAGAAUUAUCCCGAGCUCUGCUUCCAAGCUACGCAGCUUAUGGUCGGCCUGUGAAAAUAUUUCGCCUUACGAAAUACGAAGAUUACCGAAAAACAGGGAUUCCAACCGCAAGAAACCAAUCAAGAUACUUUUCAUGUUCAAUUACCCUGUGUGUUAUGCUGUGGCUUCUUUUGAGUUAUUCGAGUUCUAGGAAUAUUCUAGAUGAUGAGUAAUACAGAAAUUUUGAUUUGCAA